GGAUCUUUCUUUAGGGUUUCUAAUUUUUAUUCUAAAUGAUUUUUUUCUCCAUUUUUGCUUCUUGAAUUUUGUCUUCAUCAUCAAUUAUUCAAUCAAGUUUGCUGGAAUGUUAUAGCUUGUGUGGCGGUUGAAUCAUGCUCUGCAGUUUCUUCAACUCGCCCAAUUAUUUGGGUUUUUGUUUGGUAUUGUUUGGUAGAAAUUCAUUUUCUUGAAUUUUCUGUGUUCUGCUGCCUUAUAGUAUAUCUACAAUACGUUCAAAACCUCAAAGCUACUCCGUUAGCAAGAAAAUUUUGUUUUUCUUUAAUUCCUCCUUUUGUCAUGGUUCAUAAUUAAGAAAUUAAUUGGAUCAAGAAGUCCACAAACUAAUAACAAAAUUAUAUCACAACGAAAAAUCUCCCAAGAUGGCUGUUAAACUGAUAAAUAAGCAAUGGUUUUUUAAAUAAAUUUUUAUUAAUUAAAUUUUUAUUAAAAAGAUUUUUUUUUUGUUUUGCUAAGCAGAGUCUAUAUGAUCUAAUAAUUCGUUAUACACUUUCUUUUAGUGCCGGAUCAUAAGUAAACUGACCUAGUUUAAUUAUUUCAUGACGAGAAUAAUUAUUUGAUAAAGGAUUACUAUGAAUCUAGACUCAUCUGUGGACUUACCGUUGAGGGAGAUAACGAGUUGCUUCUUCAAGGAGGAAAGACUACAAAUCUUACUGCAACUUUUGGAUUUUAUCUACGUUUAGAACACCGCUGAGGGUUUUGAGGGCUGUAUAAGGAUGACUUUUAACCUUUUCUUCAGGUAACAAGUGUCUGCAGUAUUGUAGCAUAAACAUGGAAGAUAUAACGAUAGAUGUGCUUUGAUCAGUACUUGUCUCUAUCCAUGAGAGGUUUCAGAGAGAUAAUCACCAAAAGAUGGAUUACAUGAGAGCAGAAGAAAUUUUCAUAACAGACCUAUUUCAAAAUUUAAUUCUAAAAAUCGACCAAAUCAACUUUUAUUUACUGAAACUGACUCAGUUUCUGGCCACGUCAGCAUCAUGGCAAAAAACUGGGUCGGGUUAAAAAAUUGAACUUCUAAUUAGUCGGGGUUGUCAAGCUUUUCCAUUACGAGUGGAUUGAGUGUAGGCAAACCCCAAGCAAAAGUGAUCGGGGUUGGGAACUCGACCAAAAUGGUUGGGUUGCCAACCCCGUUUAUUUAGCAACCAUGUAGAUUGCCAACCCCGGUCAAUCUCCGUCGUCGUCGCCUGGUAGCAGCCAUCACCAUCAUGAGCUCCCAACAACACUGGAGGGCCCCACCACUAUAGUCGGUUGUCCUAGGCCUAAGCCCCGAGGAGAUCGCCUUCGCUACUGACAGCGCCUUCCUCAAGUACUCCUCUUCCUCCUCAUCAUCGCAGCCGGCGAGAAGAGGCGGCGGUGUGGCUAUCGUGUGGUUCAAAAACGACCUCAGGAUUCUCGACAACGAGGCUUUGGUGAGAGCCUGGUCUUGCUCCUCUGCACUGCUCUCGGUCUACUGCGCCGAUCCUCGCUGCUUCUUCGGCACCACUCAUUACUUCAGCUUCCCCAAGACAGGAGGGCCUGAAUCUGAGUCAAAAUGAGUCAGCCACAUGAUGGGCAUCGAACCUUUUUACCUUUUGGAAAUCCUUUUCGGAUGAUCUUCCCUAAGAGAUCCUACCUGUCCCCAGAGCUUGUUGCGCUACGUACUUCUUUCGAGCAGACAUUGGCUGAAAGUUUGAGGAAACUCAAGCCUAAAGAUAUCUCAGAUAUUUGUAGCUUAUCAUGGUUGAGGCAUGCAAUGAGCUUUUUGUCUGAGACCCAUAAUAACAUAAAAAGUUUGAUUACUGAUCUUGAGCUCCCUGUUUCACACUGGCAAGAGAAGUGGAUAGACAUAUACUUGGACAGCAGUAUAAAAUUGCUUGAUAUUUGCACUGCAUUUAGCUCGGAGCUCUCCCGAUUGGAUCAAGGCCAGGUGUUGCUACAAUAUCUCUUGCAUGCUUUAAACUCAUCAAGGGAUUCUUCCCAGCAGGUCAAGAAGACUGAGACCACUCUUUCUGAAUGGAUGCAGCAGAUUGAGUCAAGAAGCCCCAAGCUAGAAGAUUGUUUUUCAAUCUUACAGGGUCUUGCUGGAACUGUCUAUUCAUCAAAAAUCAAGAACUCGGACAAAGGGAAAGUACUGAUGCGGGCCUUAUAUGGAGUUAAGGUUGUGACUGUAUUUGUGUGCAGUGUCUUGACAUCGGUUCUUUCUGGUUGCUCGAAACCAUUGAUAACAUUGGUUGUGCCAAAUAAGUACUUGUGGGCUGAAGCCUUCAAUGACUUGCAAGCUGAUGUUUUAAAGGAAAAUAUUAGCCACAUAUCCAGAGAAAAGGCAACUGUGUUGAGAGAACUGGGAGCUGUUGAAAACUGUGUGAAAAGACUGUGUGCUUUGAUCAACACUGUUGAUGAGAAGGAAGAAGAAAUGUGGCAUGAUUCUGUUUCAGAAUUGGCCGAGGCAGCAAAGUUGCUAUCACUUGGGUUAGAUGAUCUCUCGAAGCAAGUGGAUGACUUUUUCCGGAUUGUUCUGAUGGGUCGUGAUGCUUUACUUAGCAACCUUAGAGUCUCUGAUGACGUAACAAUGCAAGAAAGCGGUGAUGAGGUUGCAAGAGUAUAGCAUGAUUAUCAAGAAACUGCAUGUAUUUCUGAUAAGUAGAUAUAGGAAAUGACCCGGGGAGUUUUCUCAAGGAAAUGACAUGGGGAGAUAUUAAUCAUCUGUUAUCGUUUGCCAUUUUCAGUCGAUUGUGCGUGUAUGUUUAAGCGUGUCAAGUGUAUUGACUGCAAUUAUUGUAGUAAAUCGCAUGUUUGCAUCUUUUCCUGCUUUAGUAGGUGUAUAUGCAUUAUUUGUAGUUUGUUGCAUCCACAUUACUGUGUGUAUCUGUGUGCAUGCAAUAAUAGUCUACCACAGACAGUUGUGAUUUAUAUAUUUGCAUCUCUAUUC